AUGGGCCAGUCUACGCCUGGAGACAUGUUUAGGGGCAGCUUGCUAGGGGUUAGCAGUGGAUUGAUUCCCCGGCCAAAUUGCACGGUUGCGUCUCCCCUCAGCCGGGGCACGUGCAAAGCUGCAAGGCACCCUCUCCCCAUUGGCGCCACCCAUGCUGCUCAUUUUGCGGGCUGUGGGUGCAUUGCUGCCGCCCAACGCCUCCCACCAUUCAUCCAUCCAUCCAUCCAUCCAGGGCCUCGCCUCGCCUCGCCUUGCACCCACCGCGACAAGCCAGCCCACCCACCCGUCCGUCCGUCCAUCCAUCCAGCCCUCGAGCAAUUCGCGACUACACACCAGACGACCAUUGCCGGGCGCGCACGCGGACCGCCUCCCUUUCGGGCCGGAGCUCCACGAUCAACGCCUCUCGCUACUGUCGACCACGUGACCCACCGCUGCCUGCUAAGCACUCACUUCCACAUACCCACAUGUACUACACACUUCAUACGUGCGUACACAUCAGCAUGUAUGCACACAUCCUCCCCCAUGUCCGGCUAA